UGUUACGCCAUUAAAUUCUAUGUUCAACUACCUCCUAACGUACGGUAACCCUAUACUUGGUGAUCGAAACUUCUUGUUUUUUUCAUUAAGGUUCCUACAAUCGACUUUGGGAGAGUCAGAUCUCUACCCGGGACGUGAAAGUCGAUCAUCUUCAUAUUUGCUAAAGAAAUUUUCAUCAACAUGGGGCUUUUGGAUCUCUUCAUUGCGUCAACGAUUCCAGUCUUGAAAGUGCUACUGAUAACUGCACUCGGGACCUUUCUUGCUCUAGAUCGGGUCGAUAUCUUGAGGGAAGAUGCUAGGAAGCACGUAAAUAAUGUUGUAUUUUAUGUAUUCAAUCCCGCCCUUGUGGCCUCCAAACUUGCUGAAACUGUAACAUAUGAAAGCAUAGUGAAGUUGUGGUUCAUGCCAUUAAAUAUCCUCAUCACAUUUAUCAUUGGUUCAAUACUUGGCUGGAUUCUUGUUCAAUUUACGAGGCCUCCCCCACACAUACGAGGCCUCAUAGUUGGUUGCUGUGCUGCUGGGAAUUUGGGGAACAUGUUUCUUAUUAUGAUCCCGGCAGUUUGUAAAGAAAAAGGAAGCCCAUUUGGAGCUCCUGAUGUCUGUCAGUCAUACGGAUUGGCUUAUGUUUCAUUUUCAAUGGCGAUAGGAGCCAUUUAUCUAUGGUCUUAUGUGUACAAUAUCGUUCGGGCUUCUGCAGCUGGAACCACCAUAGAAUCCACAAGGCUAAUAACAGGUCAAUCUUCAAGAGAAAGUUCUACAGCUGAAUUGGGGAGUUGUACAGAACCGCUGCUUCCUUCCAAGGAGCCCCUGGCAUCUGAACACCGUAUAGAUCAAUAUGCACUUCCCAGAACUAAGCAAAUCGAGAUGGAAGAUUCAGGCAAUAAGCAACUACUAAGUAAGCUGCUUGGAAAUAUUAAUUGGAAAACAGUAUUUGCACCAUCCACCACUGGAGCGAUAGUUGGAUUCAUGAUUGGACUCAUCCCAUACAUCCGGAAGAUAUUGAUUGGUGGUGAUGCUCCUCUUCAUGUAAUUCAAGACACUGCUUCCUUGCUGGGAGAUGGAGCCAUCCCAACUCUCACCCUGAUUUUAGGUGGGAACCUUUUGAAAGGCCUGGAAGGGUCAGGAAUGCAGAAGUCUAUAAUUGUUGGCAUCAUGGUUGCUCGUUAUAUUGCCCUGCCCAUAAUUGGCAUUUUCAUUGUUAAAGUCCGCCUAGGUUUUAUUCCUGCAGAUCCUUUGUAUCAAUUUGUUCUUCUGCUUCAAUUUGCAGUUCCACCAGCUAUGAACAUGGGUGUCAUCACUCAGUUGUUUGGAGCAGGUGAAACUGAAUGUUCAGUGAUCAUGCUUUGGGCCUAUGCCUUGGCUUCAAUUUCACUUACUCUUUGGUCAACGCUCUUCAUGUUUCUAAUUUGAAUGAUUCAAACCAUAAAUUAUUUCGUGUAACAGGAAAAGAGCAAGUUAAAAUACACAUUCUUUUUU